CAAAUAGACGGUGUAUCGUGUCAAAAGCGUCUCGUUUGGAUUGUAUUCUUGGCUUGUGUAACGAGGAGAUGGAGGAGAAGUGGCUACAGAGAACGCUGCUGCCGGCUGUGUGGCUGUGCAGCGUGCUGCUUGCUCAUCAGGUCAACAGCUGCCCGCAUGCUUGUAGCAAAUGUUUAGGGCAAGAAAAUGACCUCUGCAAAGAGUGCAAGACUGGAUGGGCUCUCUAUAACUUCACAUGUGUAGACAUCGAUGAGUGUGGCACUGAGCUGGGUUCCUGCUCUCCAAACAGUUACUGCGUCAAUAUAGAAGGCUCCUUUGAGUGCAGAGGCUGUGAUGUGGCCUGUGUUGGCUGUAUGGGUGGCGGACCAGCUCGCUGCAGAAAAUGUGCUCCUGGCUACAGACUGAUGGGCUCCAAGUGUUUAGAUGUAGACGAAUGUGGUGACAGAGUACUUGCCUGUCCUGGUCUGGAUGAGAUCUGUGUCAACACAGAAGGCUCUUUCCGCUGUCGGUGUGCCGAAGGCUUCAUCAGGAAGGACAGUGUUUGUUUAAGGAAGCAACUGCCCAAUGCUCAAGAGAAAGGUCUCUUUGAGGAUCUCCAGGAUGAUGAAGUGGAGGUGCUGCAGCAGAUGUUUUUCGGGGUGUUGCUUUGCGCUCUGGCCACGCUGGCAGCCAAAGGAGAUCUGGUCUACACAUCGAUAUUCAUGGGAGCAGCAGCAGCCAUGGCAGGUUACUGGCUCUCAGACAGGGGUGACAGUGUCUUAAACAACAUCCUGAGAGGGCGCUAAUGCCCCCCAAAUUUUUACGAAUGGGACACAUUCAGCCUCAGAUAUGAAAGUAAAUCCAACUGCUAUAUUUUCUGAAAAACUUUCAAUGUUCUGAUGAGCCUCGUUAAUCAGAUUAAAAACACCUUUUGUAAACAAGCUUUAAGGAAACAGUUUUAAAUGAUUUCUGGAUUAAUAAUAAUUGCAUUGGUCUAAUGUAAUAUUGUAUGUACUUAAUCUAUAUAGUGUGUUUCAGUUAGAGAAUGUGUUCAAUAGCAUUGUUUAUUUGAGAUCCACCCCUACAAUAUAGUACACGACUAUUUAUAUUAAACAUUUUUUAUUCAAAUCAUCCUGAAGGCAGCCAUUCAGCUUCAUGGUGUGUACAUUUUUCAGACACAUUCUUAAAAUAUACAUUAGAUUUUUCACACCGAUGAGAUAUUUUAUGCAUUUUUAAAUGCCCUGUGUGAUGCGGUGUACUUGUCAUUCACUAAUUCACCCAGUACAAUGACUCUUAUGCCAGUGGUUUGAAGACAUAGAACAUGGCUAAUGCUCUAAUGAUGUAAAUGCACUAUUCUGUUAUUGCUGUAUCUAUAGAAAUGUAAAUCUUUUUUAUCUCCAUGUAAAAUAGUUUAUGUGCAGCCAUUGCUUUUAUGGGUAGCAAUUACUACAUACAAAAUGAGGCACGCCGAUUUUAAGGAUUAAAUCACCAACAAAGACAGAAAGAAAGUCACUUUUAUUUGAUGGAUAUAAACAAGCUGGCCAACACUCAAUAGUAUUAUUCUGAUACAGCACAGACAAUAGCAAACUGGGGCACUAAGGACAGCCUCCUAUUGUUAAAAAA